CGUCCCUCUUGAACGCGAUCGUCGACAUGUCCGCGCCUCCGCGGUGAUAUGCACCUGCGUGAUAGGAAUCGCGAGCGGCCAGGUGACACGGUGGUUAACGGUGGUGCGCGAUCCUCCUGAUCCUCGUUGUGUCCCCUGGCGGCGUAGGAACCGCUCGAAUGCGUCACCGUCCUGCCAAGGUCUGGCGGGACGACCUUGAGCGAACGAGUCGCUCCAAAUCAGUUCCAGGAAGUCGCUGACGCACCGGAAAAACAAAUUCGCUGUUGGAAUUAUACUACUCUUUGAGUAUUCGUGGACUCUCGGAAGUCUCGGCCAGGUCAGGGAGUAGAGCUCCUGUAAGAAGAUUACUUGGUCGCUCGAAGCACCACGACGUGGUCUCGACAUCCCUGCUAGUUGGAAGAUUUCGCAGCGCGUGGGUGCGACUCCGCAGAAUUCCUCGGGAUCUGGCUCUCCCGAGCGUUCUUCCAGAACUUAAGAGUCGAGUCGUUGGAAGAUUUGAAAGCUGCGUGGGCGUAGGAUCUUCUCUUCAGCGAAUAGCUUCCUACUCUACACCUAACUCCACAGCCCUAUCACCUAGUACCGUUCCAAACAUCUUUGGAGUAUUCAUACCAGAGGGAUACCAAUCUCUAGGUCACUGAAAAGGAUCGCCACUCGCGCGAGUCGUCCCGAUGUUCAUAUUCGCCCCUCGCGACAACAUGUCGGUGUCUCGUCAGGACUCGACGGGACGACGGAACCGUUACGCGCGGUCUUCGACGACCACCAGCGUGACGCAGAUGCUCAGCGACUCCUGCUCGAACCUCCUGCAACGACUGACCACCAGGGUGCGCGGAACGUCCGCCCUGAACGAUAACGUUGCCACCAAGGCACCUGCGCCGAGACGUUCCCCUAAUCCAUCUCAGUUGAACAAUACCAGGACACGCCUGGAGGAGAAAUACUCGGCGAUCCUGGAAAAGUACUCGCGGACGAAGCGUCACGAUCGAGGAUCCAUCGACUACAGUCACGCUCAUGAGCGGGAACACAGCUACUACCGCCGAGAGGAUAGUCCCUUCGCGAGGGACGAGAGGACCCUCGAACCUUCGGCGUCGCGCAGCAUCGUCAAGAGCCUCACCAGCGUGGUAUUGUCCGAGAAAGCCUACCCCUACGUCAAGUCCUCCAGGGUGAAGCCUUCGAAAUGCGAGAACACUCCCGGCUACCACCGAUCCGACAGAGAUACCUUGCUCAACUCGGAGUCUUACCGACGGUAUGGUAGACACAAGUCUGGUCACGCUGAGACUGGCACCCUGAAAGUGAGACCAUACAGGAAUGGAAAGAGCGAGCAACUGGAACCCAGCUCCACAGCGAUGAGGCUGUUAGCUCGACGAGCGAAGGCGAAGACAGCGAAGCAGACCGUCGUCGAUCCUGAUAAGACGCCCACUGGUAGCGACAACUCUGCCGAUGUUGCUCUUCAAACUGUCGGCAGCGUUGGCACUGCUCGUCUAGUCGAGAGCGACUCGGACAGAGGUAUCGGAGCGGAGAGACGCAAAGAGAUACAGAGUCUGAUCCUGAAGUAUGCCACCAUGGAGGAGACGUACAGCCAGCUGGCCGCCAGUGGCCAGGGCAGGACGCGACCCAGCACCACGGACAUUAUCGCCAGCAAGUAUAGGAAAAGCAACCGUCGAAACGAGCGAAAUGACGCGAAGCAGACGUCGGUCGCGAGUGACGCUAGCGACUCGGACGCGACCCAGCACGCGAUUAGCCCACGACCGCUCUCCGUCGAGGACGACGCAGAGGGCCACCUUGUUUACCAUUCCGGCGACAUCCUGGAAAAUAGAUAUAAAGUACUGGCCACCCUAGGAGCGGGUACUUUUGGAAAAGUUGUCAAGGUUAAGGACUUGCAAAUGGAUCACGUGAUGGCUCUGAAAAUUAUCAAGAACGUAGAGAAGUAUAGGGAAGCCGCGAAGCUCGAAAUAAACGCCUUAGAGAAAAUUGCCACCAAGGAUCCAGAAAGCCAACACUUGUGCGUGAAGAUGCUUGACUGGUUCAAUUAUCACGGGCACAUGUGCAUCGCCUUUGAGAUGCUUGGACUUAGCGUAUUCGAUUUCCUGCGUUCCAUGUCACAGAGGGACAACCAUUACCAGCCCUAUCCGUUGGAGCACGUCAGGCACAUCGGUUAUCAGCUUUGCUACGCCGUUAAAUUUCUGCACGAUAACAAACUCACGCACACCGAUCUGAAACCGGAAAAUAUAUUGUUCGUAGACUCUGAUUACGAAAAAAUCUAUAAUAACAAAAAGCGUAAGGAGAUCAAACGUAUAAAGCGGACAGACAUAAGGCUGAUCGAUUUCGGUAGCGCGACGUUCGAUCACGAACACCACAGCACGAUCGUUAGCACAAGACAUUAUAGAGCGCCUGAAGUAAUUUUAGAAUUAGGUUGGUCCCAACCUUGCGACGUUUGGUCGAUUGGCUGCAUCCUUUUCGAACUGUACCUGGGUAUCACUUUAUUCCAAACACACGACAACCGCGAGCACUUAGCGAUGAUGGAGCGUAUACUUGGCACGAUUCCACACCGUAUGGCUCGCAAGACCAAGACCAAGUACUUCUACCACGGCAAAUUGGAUUGGGACGAGAAAAGCUCGGCCGGCAGAUACGUUCGCGACAAUUGCAAACCUUUACACCGCUGUAUGCUCAUGGAUAACGAGGAACACCGGCAGUUGUUUGAUCUCAUACAGAAAAUGUUGGAAUACGAGCCAGCUCAGAGGAUAGUGCUGAAGGACGCAUUGACGCAUCCCUUCUUCGACGCGCUACCAGCGAAUCAAAGAUUGCCCGACCUUCGAGCAGCCGGUGACUCUCAGCAAACCCACGAACGAUCACACUCUCUCUCACGAUGAAGCUAGGAAAGGGACCGACCUCCGUGCUGGACAGACACUCCACUGUCGAUGACGCUACUGCUCUACGCCACGAUUCUCGCAUCCUUAGGUCUCACAAGACUGUGUCUUGUCCGCGAUAACGAGAUACGAUGACGUUGGUCGGGACCUAACGGAGACGCUGUCGAGCAUACGAAAAAAAAAAAAACAA